ACAUAUAUAUAUAUCUAUAUAUAUAUAUAUAUAUAUACACACACAAAUGCACGUUCUCGUGGCUCGCACGAGUACUUAGACACGAGUACGUGACCGAAAAUUCAGCAGCGCGCGCGAAUAUAUCUAUAUGUCUCGUUACUACGUCACAGAUUAUAGAAAUGUUAUGCAUUUAACGAUAAUCAGAUUUAAUAGGAAAGGGGGAUAAGGCCUGGAACGCUCGAAGCGUGGAAGCACAAAGAGUCAAGUAUAUUAUAGUAAAGCGCGAGAGUCGUGGCUUUCCGAGAUAUCGCUCGAUCGGGCAGGUACACGGUCGAUUGGGUCGUACGAAGAUAGUUGAAUUGAAAAUAAAUUGCCAGGACGUUAAUUAUUUGCUGCUUGAUAGUCGAUCCCUUUACGUGUGGCUCGAUUCCUGGCACUCGUCGAAUACAUCCCGUCCCGCGUUACCCACCACCCACCCCCGUGGCCCAAUUCUUCUCGUUUCAGUCUCUCUUCCUUUCCUCCGUUCCUUCCUUCCUUUCUUCCUUCUUCGCCUCUCUCCCUCUCUCUCUCUAUCUCUUCUCUUUGUAUCCAUCUAUUUCUUUCCAACUAUAUCAAUCCCUUUUCGGCCUGUCCGUGGGAAUCACGCUGGAUAAACUCUCGGAAAGCAAGUUCUUUCGCGCGAUGCUCAAUUAAAACGCAAGUACAAAGAUUCGCGAAGGCAGAAGCUCUAUUUUUCCGAAUCGCGCGAACGUAAUUUACUCCGUCGACACGCAAAAGAGAAACUCGUCCAAACGCAAGGAUAACGCAAGGAUGCGUCGCUGAACGAAGCUACCUCAAACGUUGUUUCGCUGCUUGAUCGGCGUUAUCGUCGCGCACGUUGGAGGCGUAGCGGAAGGAUCAUUGCCAGUCGACUCAGUCCUGGAUUUUCUUCGACUCGAGAUCCGAAACGAGUAGUCGCGAGAUUGAAAGAGUCGAGCCGACGAGCCGCACGUACACCCGUAAUGGCACACCGAGCGUCGACGCGACGUAACAAGAGGAACAUGCUGUGCCGUUUCGGGACGACAACGAUUCGCGUGCAUCGUCGAAGGAAUGCCGCUGCCGACGAGGGAAGUUGAGAUCGAGCCACGGGAAAUCGAUAUGCUCUUGUCUCGCGGGUGUAUCGGAACACGCAUACCGAAGGACGAAGUAACGAGGAAAAGCAGUAGCAAUCAUGUCGUGGGAAUCUAUCUCUUCGAGAGAUUACCUCGGCGGACCGGCCAGUCAUCAACUCUCCGCGACCGCUUUGCUGGGGAGUCCGGACGGAUCGCGGCAUCCGCUGGAUGUCUGCGAGUUCGCCGAAGAGGACUAUCACCAUCAGAACUCGAAUGGGAACGGCCAUUACCAGAACGGCAGGUCCGGCUCUGGUUUGUGGGAAUGUCUGGUAGGCUGUAGACGUCGCUUGGACCAGCACAUGGCGCGAAGACGGGUGGAACAAGGCUUGAAACUGUACCGCGCUCAUAAACAACAGGCUGCCGUUCGCAAAUGGAAAGGCGCUUUGAAGAACAUCAGACAACGAGAGGAUAAAUUCGCUCUUCUCGGCUAUUUGUACCAAGCUUAUAUGGAUUGGGGCAAGUACAGAGAUAGCAUCGAUUUCGGGCACAAACAAUUGUGCAUAUCCGAGGAAUUGGAUUCGCCGAACAUGCGGGCAGAGGCGUACUUAAAUCUAGCGAGGGCGCACGAAAGAUUGGGCGCGCUCGAUAGGGCCUUGGACUAUGCCAGACAUAGCUUGUACAAUGAAUGCGAUCAGUGCGCGACUGCUGGAUUGGUUCAUCUGACCGUAGGCAGAGUUCACUUGGAGCUAGCAGGAUUUUGCAAAGCUUUGGAAGCUUUUCAAAGAGCUCACAAGAUUGCUCAUUCGAUUCAAGACCCGUCGUUAGAAUUGCAGGUAUACGUCGGUUUGUCGGAGCUGUUCUGCAGAUUACAUGACGCCGAUAAGAGUGCUCGGUACGCGGCUAGAGCGUACGACUUAUCGAGAAGCUUGCAAUUGGGCGACUUAAACUCUCGACAUCACAGGGCAGCUCUUCUCCAAAUGGCAGCGGCGCUUCGGAAAAAAGGAGAACUCGGCGAUGCCCACGAUUACUGUUCGGAGGCAACGCGAUUGUCCCUCGUUUCCGGAGAUCAGGCUAGUUAUGCCAGGAGUAUACGAAUAAUGGGAGAUAUCUAUAGGAAAAAAUCUGAUAUAAAUAAAGCAUUUCGACAGUACGAGAGCGCAAUGGGUUCUGCGGCAGCGACCGGAGACCGACUCUGUCAAAUGGAGGCUAUGGACGGUGCCGCGAGGUGUCUCGAAGCUCUCCGACUCCAACACAAAAUAUGCAACUGUCGUCCUCUUGAAUUCAAUACCAGGCUGCUUGAAGUAGCUGGAUCAGUCGGUGCGAAGUUCCUGGUACGAACGGUGAGAUCGAGGCUCUCGCGAAUUUACGGUUCUCUCGGAGACGAGGAACAGAAGGCUCAUCACGAGAGAUUAGCCAUGGCAAUGGAGGAAGACUUGGAAUUGCGAUGCGGUGGCUGCAACGAGCCAUUCGGCCUCGAGGCCGACUCUUUGGAAGCGCUGCCCUGCUCUCACAUACUACAUGCCAGGUGUGCAUACGACAUUUUGAAGAGACGCGACAAGAAGAAGAAACGUCUGUGUCCCGACUGUCACAAGUCCGUUAGUUCACGAUUGUACCUGCAUUGCGAAGAUCCUCAUGGCAUAAAUACUUUGAAUCACAGUUCCUUGAGUCUGGCGUCGUUGAGGGCCAGCAGUCUAGCCACGUUGGACGACUGUCACGUCACUAGCAGCGUUUAAACCGUUGGCAGCAUCCGUUGAAUCUACUUAAGUAACUUAAGUAACUUGCGAUUUCGUUUUCGAGCUCGAUAACGCGCGCGCUCCUCGAGAACGUGAGCCUGUUCGCCGCGCUAACGUUUCGCGCGUGGCGCACACGCAGGCGCAUAUACAAGCGCGCCCAGUUCUGUAUCCCGAGCCCAACACGAUCGUGCGUAUACACAUUACUCUAUUAUAUACUUGGAAAUUUUUCAGGGUAUACGGGGUAUCGAGCUUGCACAGUCCGCCAAUUAAGCGAUUAGACAUUAACGUUCUUUAACGCGUGGAUCAUCGUUCAACGUUAAAAAAUUAGGAUGAAGAAAUUUAAAGAAUAUUAGCACGAUUUAAAAAGACUUGAUGGCAAUAAAAAUGCACAUUCGAUUCA